AUGAGCUGGCCACUGUGCCAAAUACUUUGAAUAAAUUAUUUGGUCCUCAAAACACCUCCAUUUCUCAAGGGAAAAAACCUGAGGUUCAGAAAGGUUAGGUAACUCACUCAAGGUUCCAUCAGCUAGUUAGUUUAGCCAGGAGACUGGGGUGGAGCACAGACAGGCUGACUGUGCUCUAGCCCUUCCUGGCUAAUGCAGGCGGGAGGGUUUCUGGCUGGUUGGUGGUGCUAAGGGAAAGAAAGCAAGCAAUGCAGGGAUGUCCUGGCUGCGGGAGCCCUUCUAAGAAGCUCUUGUGUUUGUUUUGCAGACUCAACCACAGGAAUUAUCUCUUGGAGUCUCCCCACAAGUUCAGUGUUACUGACCUCCAGCAGAUCGCAGAGGGGGUGUACGAAGGGUUCCUCAAGGCCCUGAUCGAGUUCGCCUCGCAGCACGUCUACCACUGCAACCUGUGCACCCAGCGGGGCUUCAUCUGCCAGAUCUGCCACCACCAUGACAUUAUCUUCCCCUUUGAGUUUGAUACCACUGUCAGGUGUGCAGAGUGCAAGACCGCCUUCCACCAGAGCUGCCAGGAGGUGGUGAGAAAGGGCUGCCCUCGCUGUGCCCGUCGGCGCAAGUACCAGGAACACAGCAUUCUCACCUAGCCCCAAUGUCUGACCCACCCGAGGCCAGGGGAGCUGCAGCUCAGUCAUCCCAGAUGGCCUUGUUGACAGCCAGGCUCCUCUGUCUCUCCAGUGAGGA